UUCAUUGAUUUCACAACAUAGGUACUCAAGAUGUUGCUGCUUUCCGUUAUAUUUGCCAACGCGGUGACCACCCUAUACGCUAUCCCUGCUAAGGAAAGCAAUAAAACCGAUGAGUUAUCUUCUCGCAUUUAUUACGGAGAUUAUGCCAGUAUAUUGGAGUAUCCAUAUUUCGCAUAUCUCGAAGGAACCUGCGGUGCCGGUAUCAUCUCGGAUCGGUGGCUGGUCACGGCGGCUCACUGCAUCAAGGUUUUGAAAGACAAGCAUUUGAACCAAGUAUGGGUGGGGGGAAACAAUAUUCAAACCAGCCAACUUUACACAUUCGACGCUACGUUUGUCCAUCCACAUUACGACGAUAAAAUAUUCAUAAAUGACAUAGCGCUCCUGCAUCUGUCCCAACCGCUGAGAUUCGGUGAUACUGUACAACCUUUAGAUCUACCAGAAAUGGAAUAUGAGCUAAAUGUUGUCCAUAAGUUUGCUGGACAUGGAAAAGAUGAGCAUGACCAAUCGACCCCAAACCUGAUGAGUAUGCAGGCUCGCACUCUGGGCGUAGAAGAAUGCUUGUUUAACAUUCCCAAAACUCGACAGUGUUACAUCUACCAUCAAUUAGAGUCCGUUAAUAAAGUUACUAUUUGUGUUCAACGGAUUGGCAAUAGGUUUGGAACAUGCUAUGUAAGUACAUUUACUUACAUUUCUCAUGUUUUGAAAAAUUUGUAUUUGAAAGAGUUGUGGAAUGUAUUGGACCCCAUACAUUCCACGAGUCUUCUCUUUCCGCACGAACUCUACCUAUUCGAAAUGUGGAUGCCUGAAAGUGCUAUGUUAACGGCACCAAUCAUGGGACAUAGAAAAAUCGGAGUAUUUUUGAUAUUUCAACUACAUCUGUACAAUUUCUACCGCUUUAUGCGUUAAAAGUUGAAUGUACAAUUCGUCCUCUAUGUAAUAAAUAGUAAUUAGCUGCGUGCAUGACAUUUUUGAAAUAUUUCUAUUAAAUAUGCUUACCAUGAGAUAAAAAUGUUUCUUAUAAAUCUGCUGUCUACCCCAGAAACUUCCCAUUUCUAGAUAAUUAGUGUUUUUGAACGUGUUAAUUAAACAAAAAUUGUAAAAGGAAUCAUGUAUGUAG